GUAAUGUUUGGGUGGAAGAUCAACUGCCCAGAAAACAGAGAAAACAUCCCCAUCAAAAGCCCUUUUUCCUUAUUCGCACCUUAAUCGAAGCCACCACCCAAGAAGGAGAUUUAGUUGUGGACCCUUGUGCUGGCA